UUGGAGUAUUUUCUCACAUCUUUCCGUAGUUGACUAGUCAGCCUGAUAAAUUACAUUACAUAACGGCAUAAACCUAUUUAUUUAACACAGUGAAAUUUAUUAUCUUCCUUUCCUUUCCCUCCGUUGAAGCAUGGUUAGUUGUAGUUCAAAGCGACAAAGAUCUAACAAUAAAACACAACCGCCUUCAUAUCCCUCCCUCGGCAUUCUCUCUUCUUCUGCAGAUUCAAGAUUAUAAAGGAAAAAAAAACAGCUUGACAGUCUUGUGCGAAACAUUUAAUGAAGUUGUGUGGUGGAGUUGGCAUUGAUUCCUGAGCGAUCCAGCUGUUGUUUGUCAGGACUGAAGUAUACGUUUGCAAUGCUUUGUUGCCGUCUCUACCAGAUAGCUGACUGAGAAUAAGAGGAACUAGAACUUCUUUGAAAAUGAAAUGAUCCUUCUACAAUUGUAUCUCAGAUUCUGUUUUUUUUCUCACUGAAAAUCAGCUGUCAACUGUUUGUUCUGGAUAUAUCAAUCUUUUCCUCUUUCUUAGCACCUCAGCUUCUGGAGUUCCAUUGCAAAAUUUAGUUUUAAGAGAUUCAUUCACAUGAAGAUUGUCAAUUGUGGGAUAUAUGUUCCUUUAAGCUCAACCACAAGAGAAAUAGGCCUCAAGAUUUUUGGCGCCUCAGUCUGAAUAGCAGAAUGAAGAAGUGGUACGGUGGUGUUCUGGUUGCAUCCUUGUUCAUGUUACUGAUCCUUAGAUAUGGUCUCCUGAAAAAUCCAAUCGGAGGAAAUAUUCUGUUGAAUCCCUCCUCCAAUGCAAGCAAGCCUCUUGAAUGGGUGCAUCCUGCUGUUCCACCUGCAGUUCAAAAUCCAGAGACUUCUUCUCAAGUUUUUUCUACAGAUACCAUAGUCUCCAGUCUGUUUGCUCCGAGAAAUAUUUCCAAUGAAGAGCACAAGUCUCUGCAGACAUGGAAUCUACUGAAACACUUGAUUGAUCAUGCUCAGGUUUUCGCAAAUGGAGUAGAAGCUAUUAAGGAAGCUGGAAAUGCGUGGAGCAGCCUGAUGGCUUCAGCAGAAGAGGAAAGACUUAGUUAUACAAAUGAAAGUUCAAGUAGGAAAGUGAAAGAGAAACAAUGUCCUCACUUUCUUAACAAAAUGAAUGCCACAGAGCUUGAUAAUAGUGGUUAUAAAUUGUGGCUUCCUUGUGGCUUGACUCAGGGUUCGUCCAUCACAAUUAUCAGCAUUCCAGAUGGUCUUCUCGGUAAUUUUCGGAUCGACUUAACCGGGGAAGCACUUCCAGGGGAGCCUGAUCCACCCAUCAUUUUACAUUACAAUGUUAGGCUUCAUGGUGAUAAGAUUACAGAGGAUCCUGUAAUUGUCCAAAACACCUGGAAUGCGGCUCAUGACUGGGGUGAAGAGGAGCGUUGUCCUUCUCCAUCUCCCGAAAAGAAUAAGAAAGUGGACGAGUUGGAUCAAUGUAAUAAGAUGGUGGGCAGAAACGAUACUCGGGUGACUAGCAUGCAUUCUGAUCAUUCGAGAAGGUCAUCACUUCAGGAAGGAACUAAAGCAAGAAGAUAUUUUCCAUUUAAGCAAGGUCAGCUAUCUGUCGCAACGCUUAGAGUGGGAAUGGAAGGAAUCCAGAUGACUGUUGAUGGAAAGCACAUAACAUCCUUUGCAUAUCGUGAAACUUUGGAGCCAUGGCUAGUUAGUGAAGUUAGGAUUUCUGGGGACCUAAAUCUAAUUUCAGUUGUGGCUAGUGGUCUACCUACAUCAGAGGAUUCAGAGCAUGCAGUUGAUCUAGAAGUACUCAAAUCAGCUCCUCUCUCUCCAAAAAAAACACUGGAUCUCUUUAUUGGUGUCUUUUCUACGGCAAACAAUUUUAAGCGGAGGAUGGCUGUUCGAAGAACAUGGAUGCAGUAUGCUGCAGUGCGAUCAGGGGCAGUUGCAGUGCGCUUUUUUGUUGGUCUGCAUAAAAAUCAAAUAGUGAAUGAGGAACUCUGGAAUGAAGCACGGACAUAUGGAGACAUACAGCUGAUGCCUUUUGUUGACUACUAUAACCUCAUCACCUUUAAAACUUUAGCUAUCUGCAUAUUUGGGACAGAGGUUGCAUCAGCUAAGUAUGUCAUGAAGACAGAUGACGAUGCGUUUGUUCGUGUGGAUGAAGUGUUAGCUUCUUUAAAGAGGAUCAAAGUGAGUCAUGGGUUGCUCUAUGGAUUAAUCAAUUCAGACUCUCGGCCUCAUAGGAGUACUGAAAGCAAGUGGUAUAUUAGCCCUGAGGAAUGGUCUGAAGAGACCUAUCCCCCCUGGGCACAUGGUCCUGGUUACGUUGUGUCUCGUGACAUUGCCAAGGCAGUUUACAAGAGAUACAAAGAAGGCCGUUUAAAGAUGUUUAAGCUAGAGGAUGUAGCAAUGGGUAUCUGGAUUGCUGAGAUGAAAAAGGAGGGUUUAGAAGUCAAAUAUGAGAUGGAAGGGAGGGUCCAUAAUGAAGGGUGCAGGGAUGGCUAUGUUGUAGCCCACUACCAAGCUCCUAGGGAAAUGCUCUGUCUGUGGCAGAAACUUCAAGAAGGGAAUGUUGCUAGAUGCUGCGGUGAUCGAUAAGUUUGACUGAUCACCUUUUGUUAUUAGGGCUCCACAAAACCACAUGCAUUAAUACAAUAAUCUCCUUAACCAAUUUCUAAUUGAAAAUUUUGCUUACCAGAUUGAGCAAAUAGAGUCUCUGCUUAGAACUAGAGGAGGGCAUUUGGCUCAAGGCCUUCCACAAAAGUAGUUGCCUUUGUAUAAUUAUUAUUAUUAUAUAUUGUACUUUAGAUUGUUACAUCAUGUCACGUGCGAUGCACGUAGGAGAGAUUGGUGCCUUGUAUAGAAGAUUUCUGUCUUGUAACCAGUUUAUAGAAAUUCUUUUUGUCGCAAUAUAGUCAUUUUGCCCUUAGCAA